AUAUAUAACAGUCUUAGAAUGAACAAUUCUUUUUCUUUCUGUAGUGAAAUUGGGUGAAAAUGUCACUGUAUCCUUCUUUGGAAGAUCUGAAGGUGGACAAGGUAAUUCAGGCCCAGACAGCUUUCUCUUCAAAUCCUGCCAAUCCAGCAAUUUUAUCAGAAGCCUCAGCACCCACUUUUCAAGAUGGAAGUUUAUAUCCAAGACUGUAUCCUGAACUUUCCCAGUAUAUGGGUCUGAGCCUGAGUGAAGAGGAGAUACAUAGAAACUUGGCAGUGGUUCCUGCUGCUGAUUCUCAGGGGCUUGUUGCGAGGCCUUCUGGGGUGAAUUACAUGGUGGCUCCAGUAACUGGAAAUGAUGUUGGGAUUCGUCGAGCAGAAAUUAAGCAAGGGAUCCGUGAAAUAAUCUUGUGUAAAGAUCAGGAUGGGAAAAUUGGACUUCGUCUUAAAUCAGUUGACAAUGGUAUAUUUGUCCAGCUGGUUCAGGCAAACUCUCCAGCCUCACUGGCUGGCCUGAGGUUUGGGGACCAGGUUCUGCAAAUCAACAGUGAAAACUGUGCAGGAUGGAGUUCUGACAAGGCUCACAAAAUUCUGAAGCAGAUACCUGGAGAUAGAAUUUCAAUGAUUAUUCGUGACAGGCCUUUUGAGCGAACUGUUACCAUGCACAAAGACAGCACAGGACAUGUUGGCUUCAUAUUCAAAAAUGGAAAGAUAACUUCAAUAGUAAAAGACAGUUCUGCUGCUAGAAAUGGACUCCUGACAGAACAUAACAUCUGUGAAAUCAAUGGACAGAAUGUAAUUGGCCUGAAAGAUUCCCAAACUGCAGAUAUCUUGACAACAGCUGCAAAUGUAGUGACUAUCACCAUCAUGCCUUCCCAGAUUUUUGAGCACAUAAUAAAGAGGAUGGCCUCAAGCAUUAUAAAAAGCAAGAUGGAUCACACUAUCCCUGAAGUUUAAAAUUUGAGCUAUUUUGCUGUGGAUACAUCUAUAAUAAGAACUCUGCUAAACUCUUCAUUCAGAAUUUAUGUUCUGCACAUGAGCCUUUAAAAGCCGAAGAGGAGAGCUGCUGCAUUGCAUUAUGAUUCCAACUCAUGACCUUUGUUUACCAGCUGUGAACAUGGUAGCCUUACACUAGCUUCAGAAAAUAUAGAACUAUGUAAUGCUUCUUUUCAUACGGCUAUACUGUAUAUUUCCCCUCUAACUAUAAGCCAUAGUGGAAGAAAACUGAUGUAUACCAUGUUAGUAUUUACUAUUUGUGAUUCAAGCCUGUUGCUGCUCUUUGUACUCUUUUCAGAUACUUUAGUUUUUUACACUACUUUCUGCUUGCAAAGAUACCUUGUGAUGACUCUAGUGCUAGUAAUUUUGUUUACAAAAGCAUGCCUCUUAAAGUUGAGCAUAACAAUGCUAUCAUUCCAUAUGUAUUCUAAUUAGAAGCAUAGCUGAGCAUCUAGGUGUCAAUCUUUUUAUUGCUAUCCAGUCAUUUUGAUAUGUUUGACCUUACUUUCACUGUUAAUUCAAAUAAAUUGUUGCUAAACUUCUUGUUUUCUAAUUAAAA